AUGGUGCCUUAUCUUAAAAUGUUCAUAUUCUCAAACAUUGGUGGAGGGACUGCUUAUCACUUGAUCACAAAGAGGCUCUUGUCUGUGACUGCAACCAGGAAGCUUUUGAACACUUCAGGGUUCAUAGUUGCUUCUCUUGCAUUGAUGACACUGCCCAUUUUCAGAACUUCCCCUGGGGCUGUGAUUUGUUCUUAUGUGGCCCUUGGUUUCUUGGCACUAGGGAGAGCUGGGUUUGCUGUAAAUCACAUGGAUAUUGCUCCCAAUAUUCAUGAUACCGGGGAUGCUUUGCAUUUUCAGCUCACUUGGGUUUUGACUCUUCUCAACUGGGGAGAGGAUUUUUCACUGAGUCAUUUCUUAGCUAGUUUGUCUAUCAAGGUUACCAUUGGAGAAGAGUAUGCAAAAUGGACUUAUUUUCAAGCAACCUUCUGUGAAUCAAGCAGUUCAAGCUAUCUUCAAACCAUGAAAGUGCCAGUUGGUCUCGUAGUUUUUUAUGUCGCCCAGGAACUUGGGAUGAUGGAGAGUGGAUAUGCAUGGAUAGCUACUGCUUGGCUAUCCACUGUUUUAGAUUCAACUUCACCUCUUUCUUCAAAGACUGCCAACUCUAUCCAAGGUGCUCUCAAUCUUAGACCACUCACACCAGACUCAGAAAGAAAAAGGGCUUUUAUAUCAAGGUGGAACAAGUUGAGUAAUGGCUCUAUUGGGUUGAACCCUUAUGGUCUAUAUGCCUAUGACACCGUCUGGAUGCUUGCUCAUGCUAUAAAUUUGCUUUUGGAUCAAGGGGGCACCAUUUCCUUUUCCAACAUUACUAGCCUAGGUGACCCUAAGGGAGGAGGGACUGUGAACCUUGUUGCAUUGAGCAUUCUUCAUGAUAGAUCUCCAUUGAAUCCUGCAUAUGAUCUCAUUAACAUAAUUGAAAAUGGAUAUCAAAGAAUUGGAUACUGGUCUAACUAUUCCGGGAUAUCUGUUGUGCCCCCUGAGACAUCAUCAAACCGGUCUACUUUGAACCAACAACUUACACACUAUUCUAUAAAGUUGCUUCCAUAUGCAGUUCCAUAUGAGUUUGUUCUGUUUGGUGAUGGUCUCAAGAACCCAAGCUACUACGUGUUUGUAAACAUGAUUGCAUCAGGAAAGUUUGAUGCUGCUGUAGGUGACAUUGCCAUCAUCACCAACCGGACAAAGAUUGUGGGUUUCACUCAGCCAUAUAUAGCGUCAGGGCUAGUUGUGGUGGCUUCAGUUAGGAGGUUAAAUUUGAGAGCUUGGGCGUUCUUAAAGCCAUUUGGUCCACUGAUGUGGGGUGUCACAGGAGCUUUCUUCCUGAUCAUUGGAUUAGUCAUGUGGAUUUUGGAACAUAGAAUAAAUUAUGAGUUCAGUGGCCCUCCUGGGAAACAGAUUGUCACAAUCUUAUGGUUUUGCUUUUCUACCAUGUUAUUUGCUCAUGCUAGCCUGACAUCAAUGCUCACAGUACAACAACUAGAAUCCCCCAUUACUGGAAUCGAUACCUUGGUAACGAGCACCGAACCUAUAGGAUACCAAAUAGGGUCUUUUGCUCAAAACUAUUUGGUUGAGGAGCUCAACAUCCCAAGAUCUAGGCUAGUUCCUCUUGGCUCACCAGAAGCAUAUGCAGACGCCCUUAAGAAAAGAACUGUUGCUGCUGUGGUUGAAGAAAAAGCAUAUAUAGAUUUCUUCCUCUCAGAAAACUGCAUGUUCUCAAUUAGGGGGCAGGAGUUCACCAAAAGCGGGUGGGGAUUUGCAUUUCCAAGAGACUCUCCUCUAACCAUUGACAUGUCAACCGCCAUUCUCACCCUAUAG